CGUGAGGAGACUAGUCCGAUAGAGCCCUCAUCUAUCUUACAGUGCCAGUCCGGCUGUUCCAGCGACCACACCUGGAGGGAAAAAGAAAAAGACGGAGACAGGGCAGAGAAUGAUAAACGAACAGUAGUGACUGAGAACUUCUCUCGUGCACACCCUGUCAUUUCAAAAACUUCAUUUUAAAUUUAAGAAUCAGAAAACAUGAAAGACUGGCACUGGAUAUCCACUCAAAGAGUGAUCUGCCCUUCACCAGACUACACAUCCUUUAAGAUGUCCCAGUCCACCUUAACAGAAGAAGGAGGCAACUAUGAGCACCUGUGGAGCUCCCUAGAACCAGACAGCACCUACUUCGAGCUCCCUCCAAACAGCCAGCGAGGUGAACAUGCAGUGCCCUCCACGAGUACGCCAGGGAAUCACAGAAACAGUGCAGAGGUCUCCAUGGAUGUCUUUCACAUGAGAGACAUGAAUGACAACGUAAUGUCCCAGUACAACUUGCUGAGCAGCAGCAUGGAGAGCCUGGGGAGCCGUGCAACGUCCGCCAGCCCCUACAGCUCUGAGAACACCUCUUCGUCGGCCGUGCCCACCCCUUCGCCUUACUCCCAGCCCAACUCCACCUUUGAGGGCCUGUCUCCCACGCCGGCCAUCCCCUCCAACACUGACUACCCCGGGCCACAUGCCUUCCAGGUGUCCUUCCAGCAAUCCAGCACCGCCAAGUCCGCCACAUGGACAUACUCUCCCUUGCUGAAGAAGCUUUACUGCCAGAUUGCCAAAACGUGUCCGAUCCAGAUCAAGCUGUCCUCGUCUCCGCCCCAUGGCAGCAUCAUCAGAGCCAUGCCCAUCUACAAAAAGGCAGAGCACGUCACAGAGGUGGUCAAACGGUGCCCCAACCAUGAACUUGGACGAGACUUUAAUGAUGGUCAAGUAGCUCCAGCCAGUCACCUGAUCAGAGUGGAGGGAAACAACCUCUGUCAGUAUGUGGAUGACCCUGUCACUGGGAGGCAAAGUGUCUUUGUGCCCUACGAGGCCCCACAGGUUGGGACAGAGUUCACCACCAUCCUCUAUAAUUUUAUGUGCAACAGCAGCUGUGUGGGUGGCAUGAACAGACGCCCCAUCCUCAUCAUCAUCACGCUGGAAACCAGAGACGGCCAAGUCCUGGGCAGAAGAUCCUUUGAGGGUCGGAUCUGUGCGUGUCCUGGACGAGACCGCAAAGCUGACGAAGACCACUUCAGGGAGCAACAGGCUCUGAAUGAAAGUGUGUCCAAAAACGGCAGUGCCAGCAAACGCAGCUUCAAACAGAGUCCGCCAAACAUUUCCAGUCCAAAUAUUAAUAUAAGGAAGAGGCGACAUGGAGAAGAAGAAAUUUACUAUAUUCCGGUUCGUGGUCGGGAGAACUUUGAGCUGCUGAUGAAGAUCAAAGACAGCUUGGAGCUGGUGGAGUUGGUCCCCCAGCCUCUGGUGGAUUCUUAUAGACAACAAACACAACAGCAGCUGCUGCAGAGACCGAGCCACAUAUCAUCCCCCUCUUCUUAUUCUCCACUGUCCAACAUGAACAAGAUGCAUUCACAUGGUGGCCUCAGCAAACCCCAGUCAGUCAACCAGAUGAUGGGGCAGCAUCCUCAGCAGCAUCCCAACGCCAACACCUCCCUCGCUCAUAUGGGUCCAAACAUGCUCAACAGCAACCACAUGCAGGGCAACAGUGACAUGAACAGUGGCCACAGCAGUCAGAAUUUAGUGUCUGCUUCCCACUGCAGCUCACCACCUUAUAACCCUGACCCCAGCCUUGUCAGUUUUCUCACCAGUCUGGGCUGUCAGAACUUCAUUGAGUACUUCGCAUCACAAGGCCUCCAGUCUGUGUACCAUCUUCAGUCUCUCUCCAUGGAGGAUUUAGGUGCACUGAAGAUACCGGAGCAGUCUCGCCUCGCCAUCUGGCGAGGUCUGCAGGACAUGAAACAAGUUGCCCCCCUCCAGCUUCCCAACUCCAGUCAUCACCAUGAAUAUCAUGGUCAGCAGCUGCUCCGCUCUAGCAACAUGGCCACCUCUGCAAUGGCAGCCAUUGGGGCUGCAGGUGGGGAACUGCAGCGUCAGCGGGUGAUGGAGGCUGUGCACUUCCGGGUCCGCCACACCAUCACCAUCCCCAACAGGUCUGCAGUGGUCGGGCCUCCAGGGAUGGCAGCAGCUGCUGAUGAGUGGGCUGACUUUGGGUUUGACAUGCCCGACUGCAAAAUGUCUCACAGCAAGCAUUCCAUCAAGGAGGAGUUCAUGGAGAGUGAUGUGCACUGAGAGCAAAAACAACACUCUGGCUGAAUUUUUUUUAUCCAGUUCCUGGUUUCACUUGGUCUUUCAGGGUGUUUUAGGUCUUGUCUGCAGAAUUAUUUUCCAGAAAAUUGAUUAUUAACUCGCGGUACUUUCAAUGAGCAUGCUUUUUCCUGUUCUGUCUGGAUGUUUUGCUUUAAUAUUUGUUUCAUCUGCAGGAAAGAGCAUGAAUUAUAAAACAUGCUGUCACAAGUCAAUCCAAGGUGAAAUCAUCACACAGAAAAAAAUAUCAUUGCACAAUAUUUCAGGGGGAAAUCUAGAUGUAUGGAUACUCUGAAAUUAGAUGUUAACAAGAUAUUAUUCCCAUGUUUACAUGUUAAAGUGGCAUGUGACUGCCAGCAGCGUGCUAGUUUCAGUUUUUUUAAAACAUGUUCUCAGUUAAUUUAUUUAUUUUCCUUUUAGGUUUUGUUUACUUGUAAAAAUGUACAUACUGGAUCUUGUAAAUGUUUCGGACUGGAUGUGUUUGAUAAUUAGAAUUUAGAAUUUUAAAAAUGCAUAAUCUGUUUGAACCUUAGAAUCAAACAGGAAACCUUCAGAGUAGCGGCAAAGAAAGCCAGAAACAUUUGCAUUAAUUAUGUUCAUGUGAGGACUACUUCAUUGCUAAACUCAUUUACAUGACAACAUCAGUAAGUAUGUGUGAUCAAACAUUUGGUAUUACUUCAGUUUUCAUGUUUUAGGAAAAUGGUAUUGUGUCGUGUACAGUAACACAUCCAACAGCACAGAAACAACACAGUAUUGUUCUGUAACCACGGGGUUUUGUUUCAGUUUUGUCAAUGACGGUUUAAGAAUCCCUGUUUGUCAGACCUUGCAGGGCAAGGUCCUGUUUGCUGAUAACCGCUAUAGUGCUGUGCAGAAGUCCUAGACUGUCUCACGUUUCUUUAAAUCUGCUUCCAAAGAGGCAUGCUUUCUUUUAAACGUUUAAAUGGGUUUAAAGAAUGUGCUUCUGGGCUUUCUGAAGAUUUUUUAAGUGUUUCUUUGACAAUCAGCUGCUUUUUAAAUAACUGAUUUCAGUUCCAUUCUAAAAAGAAUGUUUUAUUUUCUAGAUGUAUGUCAUCCUCUUUAUGUUGACUAGUUUUUCUAAUACAAAACGUAACCUUGGCCAUCCAUUUUAGACACAGUUUUAUUUUAAUAGCAUAAUUUUUUGUACUCUUUGAGAAAAUACAACAAUUUAUUCCCUGCUUUCCAGUUUUGAAGACUUUUUUUUUGUUCUUUGUUUAUUUGAUUUACACCGUGCUGAGAUGUGGCAAAAUCUUAAUAACUUUCAUUGCAAAACAACGUUUUCCCCUCGUUACUUUUAUACCUCUAAUUAAAGAGUUUCACAUACAAUAAUGUGUUACAAGAGGCAACCUUAAUUAGUUAUUUGUCAAUGAGUAGACUCACCACUGGAAUUCAAGCAUUUUUAUGUCUAGAUGAUCUAUAGUGGCUUCAAAAACAUAUUUUAGAAAUGGUUACAUAACAAAACUGCAAAAAAAGAUAGAAAAAUAUAGGAAUUUGUAUUAAAAGGAAAAUAAGACUUUAAUUACUACAUGAAAACCUGGAGAGCUAUUACAGCAGCAGACAACUUUAAAACACCUCAGAAACUGCCAGGCCUUGGAAGAAAGUUUCAAAUAAAGAAAUUAACAAAUCAGAUGUAUCCCCAUUUUGCACAGUAGUUUAUCAGUGUCCAGUAUCUUCUUUAUAUUUGUUUUUAGUAUGUAAUGCCAAUCUUCUUGUUUUAAUUUUAAAACUAGCAGAUUUAAAUGUUCUAGCAUGUUGUCAUAAUAAAAAUAAUCUUAACAGCAAUUUUCUAGGAAUUGAACAUAGAGAAACAAACUUCCACCCACUAACCAACAACUGGUCAACAAGCACUUUAAUGCUUUACAGGUGAUUAAAUCUGGAUUAUCAGUAUUAGGCAUUUGUAUGUACAUAGAAACAGUGCUUUUUAGUAGACUGAGCAUUUUUCUUUUGUACCUUCAAUUUUGUAGAGAAGUUUGUGUAUGUAUUGUUGUCAUCAAUGUAAUUUCUGAGUACAGUGUUUUGCUUUAAAUCAUGGAUAUGUGCUCUCUUUAAUGUCUCUGUUGAUCAAACCAAUAAAGAGUUUUUACUCAAC